AUGUUCCAUAAGCCUCCAACAGUAUCCUCUGGUUUGUGGGAACCAUAUCAGAAAGGUGCUUGCCUCUGUACCAUUGAGUUCAAGCGAACUCAACUAUCAGCUGCGAGUUCAUAUAGUGUCGGGUUCAAGUUUGAGCAUGGAAAGCUUCAUAAAGGAGGAAGUAUUUUGGGAACUAUCUUUUCUGCCAGUAGGAAGCCCAGGGUAGAACCAACCUUAAGGAAGCGAGAAGCAUAUCCCCAAAAUGUGGAUCUUCCACCCGUACUACCUAAGCAAAAGAAGAAACCCUAUCCUAUUCCCUUCAAGAAGAUCAAGCAGGUUGCAAAGGAGGACAAAAAACUUGCAGAAAUGGGUAUAGAGAAGCCCCUCGACCCUCCGAAAAAUGGAUUACUUGUCCCUGAUUUAAUUCCUGUUGCUUACCAAGUACUAGAUGCGUGGAAAGUUUUAAUUAAAGGCCUUGGACAGCUGUUGCAUGUUAUUCCUGUAUACGGCUGCAAUGAAUGCUCUGAGGUUCAUGUGAGCCACUCUGGUCAUCACAUGCAGGACUGUCUUGGCCCAACCAAUUCCAAGCGCCGAAGCUUCCAUUCCUGGAUUAAGGGUUCUAUCAAUGACAUACUUGUACCCACCGAGGCAUAUCAUCUGUAUGAUCCUUUUGGUCGGCGCAUUAAGCAUGAAACUAGAUUUCAAUAUGACAGGAUUCCAGCUAUCGUGGAGCUGUGCAUCCAAGCUGGUGUGGAAAUACCGGAGUACCCUUCACGUCGAAGAACCAAACCUAUCCGAAUGAUUGGAAGGAAAGUAAUUGAUCGUGGUGGAUUGGUUGAGGAGCCACAGCCAUGGCGCGCUGCGAAUCCAUCUUCACUUGUUGAUCUCGAUACACAUGGGGCUUGUGAGCGGUUUCCACCUCCCCUGCCAUCAGACAUUCACAAGAUUGCACAGGAGACAAUGGAUGCAUAUGAAACUGUGAGGUUCGGGGUCACAAAGCUGAUGAAGAAAUACACUGUGAAGGCAUGUGGGUAUUGCACAGAGGUUCAUGUUGGACCUUGGGGUCACAACGCAAAGCUUUGUGGGGAAUUCAAGCACCAAUGGAGGGAUGGGAAGCAUGGUUGGCAGGACGCUACUGUGGAUGAAGUUUUCCCACCAAACUAUGUAUGGCAUGUCAAAGACCCUAAAGGGCCUCCAAUGAAAGGGGGUGCACUCAAGAAGUUCUAUGGGAAGGCUCCUGCCGUGGUAGAGGUAUGCUUGCAGGCAGGUGCACAGAUCCCUGAGAAAUACAAACCCAUGAUGAGGCUUGACAUUGUGGUCCCUGACAGUGAGGAGGCACAGUUAGUUGCCUGA